CGAACCCUUUGCAGUUUCUAAUUCCAUGAUCGUGGAAGGAUAAAAAGGAUGUCCAUUCCGACCAGACCUUUCCGCUGCCUAUGGUGGAGAUCUAGGAAAGAGAAUAAACCUAAAUUUAAAAAAGACUGGUUACAUAUCUAAAGAGGCGUGUCGAGGAUGCCCAGUUUAUUUGCGGCCCUUUCUCACUUGCUAUUGUUCAUAAUCACUCCAGUGGUUGGCAUGUAGAUGAAGAGUUAGUGGCUGCUGCUACUGCCUCUGGGUAAUCACAGGAAAGGUUCUCCUAUUUAUUGAGAUCUAGAGUAGCAAAUAAACCUGCAGCACACUGAAAGACUGCAGAUGAUAUUGUCACCAUAUUAGGCUCAUUGCGUGAUCUGAAAAGCCUUGUCGAGGGUACUCAGUUUAUUUUUAGCCCUUUCUCACUUGAUCACAGUCAACUCUCUUUGCUCCACCACCUUGUCGUAUCUCAUACUCCUGAUAACUUUCGUGAUGGAACAAAAGCAAAAUAGCCAAGAAAAUAACAGACAUAUUUGAUUGGCAAGUCAAGAGACUUGUGUAUGCUAUAAUACUUACAUGUAUUAUAUCAAUGAAGGUUUUAUAUAUGCUUGUGAUGUCAGACAUUUUUGUGCUCAGCUCCAAUGUGGUAAUGUCAGGGCAGUUGAAGGUUUAUGCUCGCCUCCUGACUCAAUCAUCUUCAGCUCACCAGAAUGGAUCAGCAUGGCAUCACUUCAUGAUCCAGUCUCGCUCUUGACACGUACACUUGUUAAUCAUUGUGUAAGAAAAUCUAGUGGCACCUUGUUCAAGAAAAAACUAACCUCUGGUAGACUGGAGGUAGAGAUUGAUGGAGUAUCCCAGUAUCAGUGCUGGUCCAUUUCCAAUGUUACUGUUUCUUUAUUUUUGAGACAAUUCGAUUGGUUGAUCUGUGGAUUGUCCAAUGGUGGUAUUAUAGUUCUACCAGGAGCUCAAGCAGCUACCAAACUCUUACUAGCCAAGAGAAAGUUCUCAAGAGCAUGGCCUCAAGAGUAUCAGGAUACAUUAGGAUUAGUAAGGUCAUCCUGUCCUGUCUCAUUUGGUUUAUUGAGUAAAGGAGGAGGACUGUCACUAGUACUGCCUGCCUGGGGACUGGUUAAAGAGAGUCCAUCACCUGUUCAUAAUAAUGGAGGAGUGGCUCUGGAUGAUUUAUUGAUACUAAACCAACUACCAGAAACACAAAGUGCCAUCAAUGCUACACUCUCAUUACAUAAGGAGAGAUCAUUAACAGUUCCUGUUAGUCUAGAGGAGGAGGAGGAGGAAGAUAUCAAUGAGGAAGGGAUCCAGUCUCAACUAUCCAGUCAUGUUAGACAAGAAGUUAAUGAUGGAAUGGCUCAGAUGAUGCUUCAGUUUAAAAGUGAAAUUGAUACUAUGAAUAAAGAAAAUGAUGAGUGCAAUGAAAGAACAACUUAA